AUGGCGGCUCCCAGCGGCCGCCGGCCGCAGCCCGCGGGGCCGGGCGGGGGGAGCGGGGCCGGGGCCCUGCGGGGCGCCGACGAGGACGCCGAGGGGCUCUACGUGGCGGUGGAGCGGUGCCCGCUCUGCAACACCACGCGCCGCCGCCUCACCUGCGCCAAGUGCGUCCAGAGCGGCGAUUUCGUCUUCUUCGACGGGCGCGACUCCGAGAGGUUUUCGGACAAGAAAGAAAGGCUGAUGCAUCUUAAAACCAAACAGAGAGAAUUCCAAAAACAUGUUUUGAAGGCCAUGGAAGGGAAAGAGAUAACUGAUCAGCUGAGGUGGAAAAUAAUGUCUUGCAAGAUGAGGAUUGAGCAGCUGAAACAGACCAUUUGCAAAGAAAAUGAUGAAAUUACCAGACGUGAGUAACGCCCCUGCUUUUGUGAAGUGAAAAACUCCCCCGUGCCUUAGAGUGAAAAAAUCA